CGCGCUAGGCGCUGGUCCCGACCGAAGUGUUGCCCUGUGCUCAACUGCUCGGAUGGAUGAUCGCUGGUUCUAGCGGGUUAAGUUUGCUCUCUUUUUCCUUUGGGUGAUGCUCAUCAAUCAGCGCGCGCGCGCGCCCGCGCACGGAUCGAUAAGCGGACGCCUCUGGUUUGGCUCGCCAACCGUCUUCUCACUCCCUCCCUCCCACUCCCAUCCUGCGCAAACCUUAGAAAGCAAGCCUCCCUCCCCCCCCCUCCACCUUCUUCUCACCUUCUCGGCUCCCCCGCACUUUCCAGGGGCAAGGAUGUUCUUGUGUGAUGAACGUGUGGGAGGAAAGACAAGAGCUGCUGGCUUACUAGUCAGGCACCACGGUCGCGCAAAUCAGCCAUCGAUCCAGUCACACAGGGCCAUCCUGCAGUGGGAAUGUGGAAGAGUGGCGAUUGACAAGUAGAUUAGGGGCGCAGAGAUUUUGCAUCGUCGCCUUCACGUCUCAGGUAAUUUGUCGGCUUCUGGAUUGCAGCUAGAAGUGAGGGGGUGGCACUCUACAGACCUUACUGUAUAGCAAAUUGAAGGAAUUGUGGCACACGCCGGCGUGUUAGUCUCGAGGAAAGAGGAGCCAAGUGGGCAAUUAGUAUCUGGACUGUUGAGCGGAUUGUG